AUGGGCACUGAGGACUACCUAACCUUAGGUUUGCCCUUUGGUACACUCCGCUUACGUUUUGGGACGUCAGCGGAGGGUGAAGAUUGUAAAGUUUUAGUUGAGGAUGCUGCCUUGGAUCUUUUGGUCUUUUUGGAGGCUUUGGAGGUCGCUGGGGGGUUUACCAACGAACCAGCCUCAGAAGGCAUUGGGGCAUCCACAGCGACCGUAUCAGCCACUUCAUCAGAAAAAAGUGCUGCCUCCCGGUCGCUGUCUUUGGGGUAUAAAGAAGAGUUUAGAGAGAAGAGUACCUCUUUUAUGUGUGCAGUGAGGCGUGCAACCAAGUGUUCAGCUGGAUGCUUUUAUAUAUUGUUUCCCACCCUCGCUAUUGGAAUUCCUUUUGGUGACUAUCAUGAUGCCUCUGUCGUCGCUCUUUGGUCUCUUUGCUCCGGCGCUGUCAUCCCAAGUGUGGCUGGGAUGGAACAUUAUGAUCCGACUAUGGCAUACUCAAUUCAGUCACCGGGUCUAAAAGGAAACCAUCCAGACAUAGUAGUAGACACCCUAUCGGUCCAUGGAUUGCGUGUGGUGCACCCCAUAAAGGUUUUCUAUUUCUACAAUGAGCUUCAUGCGUACCUUGCUUCAUGUGGAGUUUAUGGAGUUAAAGUUGAUAUUCAAAUAUAA